UGAAUUCGAAUCCUGGAACGGCAUCUUCAUCUUCUAAUAAAGCUUUGAAAAAGGAAAAUAAAAUUUCAACGGAAUAUAUCAAAACGGUGUUUCACGUACACUUACCUCAAAAUAUUAAAGAAUUCGGUGUACCAGCUGUCGUUGGUAAUAUCAAGGAGUUAGGGUUUUGGGAUAAUCCGAUUGUCAAGCUUCAUCAAAUUUCUCGUCACCUCUCUCCCAGUUGUGCUAAUACCUACUGGAUUUCUGAUCCCGUUCUGAUUUCUUUAAAAUAUAUCGAAUCUAUUCAAGAAAUACGUUAUAAAUAUGUGGUUGUUCCAGCACAACAAAAUGCAAAAAAAACCAAAGAAGCCACAAUUAUGAUCUCUGAAGGUUUUGCUGAUGUAACCGACCGUAUUCUUUUAUUACAAAACAAUCAGUAUGAUAUAUGGAAGGACGGUGAACUGCUCCAUAUUAGUCAAGUUGAAGAUUAUCAUUUUGCCGAGCUUAUAUUCAAUUCUUUAACUCCGCAAAAUUUUAAAGAAAAAAUUAUAGAAUAUCAAGCAAUUAAUAGGAAUCAUUGGCCAAAGACAAUUCAUGAAGUGUCGAUCGAGUUUUUUAUAAAAUGCUUACGUAGAAGUAAAUCUAAAGAGCAUCUUCUUUUAGUACUUGUCUUUUUGGGAUGUUAUGUUCACAGAAUUCAGAGACGUUCACGUCAUCGUAUUGAUUUACCAGACGAAUUUCCUACAAAUUUGUUACUUGAUGUAUUGGAAUAUGUUCAAGAAAAUACUUUUCCAUCUGAUGUGCAUCAAUUUGUUAUGAAAGCUGUGGAAACUUUAAUUCGUCAUAACGUUUUCAACGGAAAAUUUGACUGGAUUAAAAUAUUUCCCAUUGCUAAAUUACUUGAUCCGGAAUUCAAAUUCGUCGAAUCUCUCAGGUUCAGAUUCGAUGAGAAGACCGAAUUGCAUUUUCUCUCUACUUUACAUGACAAGGCAUUCCAUUACAUUGACCAAAUUAAAGAUUUAGAGACUUAUGCUAGAGUUGGAAAG